GAGACUGGCAUUUGAAAAGUUCUCUUAACCAGUGGAUGCCCUGGGACUGAAGCAAAAUGUAUUAUCUGUGUGGAGGAAUGCUGGGGGCCAGGAGAUAUGAGGGGAAUACCAAUUUCUGAGGGCCUUACCUGCGUGAAGAUGUCUUGGAUUUACAUACCUCCUGAAAAUUGAUUUAAAUAUCUUUGGAAGAUGUUAAUUCCAAACAAGAAAGCGCACAUUCUUCCCAAUGAUUCAGCUAUUAUGGAAGCUUGCUGCGUUACACAUUUGGUUACUUUCCAGUGUGAAAUUCAAGAAAAUGGAAAUACAAUUGCCUCUGUAAAAUACAUAGUCUAUGCAACAACUGAUAAGCUCAUAGAGAUGCUUAUAGCCUUCUAG